AUUCAUGAACCGGAAGUGGUAUAUUUAUAUAUUGUAUACCUUUGCACAGAGGAUCCAUAUGCGAGGAAUGGUUAUUUUUCUGAACAGAAAAAGUACUCGUUCCCUCAGACGAACUAAGCUAAUACGGUUUCAGAUCAUUAGCAUUAAAGCAAAUGUAUAGUUUGGUUUUUAAAGAUAAUGAUUAAUUGACAAUGACGAGAUUCCAUCCAUACCAUGGACAGAACAUCCGCCUUCUCCAUGACAACAUGGUGGCGUACAGGGAGACCAGCUUUGCUCAUGCCCUGACUUUCAGUGAGAAGCCACUUAGGCCAGGGGAGAUAUUUCUUGUUGAGAUAGAGAAAAAUGAGCGAGGAUGGAGCGGCCACAUGCGGAUAGGACUGACUCAGUUUAAUCCUGCUGAUCACUUUGAGUUACCACAGUAUGCACUGCCAGACCUUCAUAACAUGGGGAAAUCAUGGAUAUUUGCUGUGACAAAAUCUCACAAUAAAGUGAUGUUAAAUGAGGAGGGGGACAGUGAUAAUGGAGAUGAACCUUACCAAUCGGUUGUAGGUGAUACAGACAUUGUCCAGACACCCCAAGGGUCAUUUAGUCGCAGUUUACUACUACCGUUAGGAAAACUUUUUCCAUCAAAUAAAAGUGGAAAUAAUUCAUAUCAUGUACCCAAAAAGAAUGUGUUACCAACAGAUGUAGGCAGUAGGAUUGGGAUUAUGUACAAAGUGAAUGGUGACACGGCAGAAAUGAGGUUCAUUAUUAAUGGUGAGGAUCAGGGGCCAUGUGCUCGCUAUAUUCCUUACCAAGGGGGAAACUUACAUGCAGUAGUGGAUGUCUAUGGUACAACCAAACAAGUGCGAAUCAUUCAGCUUUACGGAGUGUCCACUCUUCAGAAUGCAUGCAGAGACAGGAUACUUCAGCUAACUAAUGAAGAUGACCUAACUAAGUUACCGUUGCCGAAAAAACUCAAGCAGUUCUUGAGAUAUGAGCUGUAGUUUUCGAUGACUAGUUUACCUGUUACAACUUCAACUUGAUUAGAAAUCUUUUAUUGUUUUAAUCAUGCAUACUUUCAUAAUGUUCUGUGAUCAUUUCUAGAUUGAAAAACAUGUCAGUGACAUUUUAUCAUAGGGCACUACAGUUAUGUUUAUAGUUUUUUUUAUUUAGAACCAUUGUGUAUUAUAUAUAUACCUGUAUGUAAUUAGUUAUAUACUAAACAAAAUGACAAUUAGCCAUUCCAUUUAAAAUGUCUCUGAACAUUGAAAAAGGGGAGGACUGGCUAGAACUGUUUAGCUUGCUCAGUGAUGUUUACAUACACUGUAUGUGCAAGAGUUGUUGGUAAUUUGUGUGCAAAUAUUGUUCUUUAAAGAUUAGUGCCAUACACUGGAUUGAAGAUAAAAAUGUCAAGUAAUAUUAUAUAAGAGAUUUCAAAAUGGACACUUGGGAUUAGAAAAAUUCUAGAUUUUCAUGUAUCACAGUAUCAUAAAAAUAUUUUUACUUACAAAAUCAAAAAUUUGAUAUGUUGAAAAAUAGAGCAAGUUUGGUAUUAAAUGAAGAGUACCGGAGGCUUAUUCUAUCAAACUAGUUUCUUGUAUUAUGUAUGGACACUUAGAUUUGUAAAAAUUCUGGAACAGGCAUAAAAAUAUUCAUAUUGUUAUUAUACAACAAGUUUCUUAUUGCAUGAAAGAGAUAGCCCAUUGUGAUGUGCUGAUUAUUGAUCGAAAUCCAUUACAACAUUGUGAGGUCAGAGGAGGGGAUGAACAUUAUUUGAUUCUGUGACCUGAAGAUGUAUAUUGAAAAUUAAUUCCUCAAUUUAAAAUUACAUUUAAAAAGUUUUUGUGCAUUUAUUCAGUUACAAUUUCAUAAAAGAUAUCACGAAAAAUUUUAUAUAAUUGUUUUUUAUGUACAAGUAGUACAUUUGGAUUUCUCGGCAACAAAUCAUGUUCCCACAGAUACAUGUACUGGCAUUCAUACGGUAGUUAUGUCCCUUUUUGUUACGAGUGUGUCACAGUUUCAAAUCAUUUAGUAAUAUCACCUUUUGCAAAAAUACAGACAACAUUCUGUGCUGAAGUUACAAAAGUUUCUUAAGAAAUUAUUCUUCACAGAUUUUUUUUUUUGGUCAUGCUUAUAUGAUUUAGAUAUUUUUAAAAAAAAACCAAAAAACUUCCUGUGACAUUUUGUUGGAUUGAUGCACUUACAGGUGUUUGAAGUGUGGUUUUUGAAAGAAGAGACCCACACAUUGAAUUGGAAAUUCUUACUACCAUCAGAAACUUUAGGAAAAGUUUGCAACAGUUGCUAUGUUUUACAUGAAUCAAAUACUAUCAUAUUAUCAAUUAAUUAGAUCUAAGUAUCUUUUUGUACUGAAUUGGUGUCCAUGCUCCUUUAAAACUGGGUUUAACUGUGAUUCUUGGUGUAUGUGCAAAAAUAAAAACGAAAAACAACUUCCUUCUUAAGUGUUUAUGAAGUUGAAAAUUGUCAGUUCUAUGAUUAGGGAAACAUAAUACUGAUUUUUAAUGCAUAACAGUUCAUUCCUGAUGUAUCACAUUUUCUUCAUUUUAUUUAGAUAUUUCUUUGUACUAUCACGAGUAUGAUCUUUUCAGUGAAGAUUUUUGCAUUCAGUAUGUUUUAGUUAUAUAUACAGUGUAUGUACUGCUUUCAUUGAAAACGAAUUCUCUGUAAAGCAUGUUUAAAAAAUAUCUAUACUUAAAAACCGAUAAGUAUACUUAAUGUGUACUGUAUAUUAUAAUAAACACUUUGAAAAUCAAAUGCAAAUGAUGAACAUGUACUCUUGCUUGAUGAUUUUUAAUUGCUUGAGAGGUUGUAUGACAUAAAAAUCAUGACAAUUUGUAUAUGUGCAUAAUGACCGAGGAGUAUAAUGCUGAGACAUGAUGCUCCUUCUUUUUGUUUGUGCAGUUUUCUUGGAUAAUAAAAUCAAUAUUUUA